UCAAGAAGUCUUGGUUUUAAAGACUCUAAAGGCCGGCCAGGCUGAGCUAAAGCCUCUCACAUACAACGAACAUACGAUCCAAACAACAAACAAACAAAUUGAACCUCUUCAUUCAAGUUCCGCUUGAACACAUUAUAAUUGAACUUGCGAUCACCCCGCAGAAUUACAAAAAUAAGGCCCGACAUUGCAACAAAGGAAGAAAAUGGGAGCUCUAGGCAAACUAGUGGAUGCCAUACUGUUAUUAUUCUCUCUGGUGAUCGCGCUGGCAGCACCGCUUCUCGACGCCCAGACUUGUCUUCCAACCACCAUCUUCCCGGAUCUCCUCGUGGAAACGAAGCAAUGGUACAGCCGCGAAUAUGGUGAUUAUCUAGUCGAGGAGAAGCCUAAUUUUUUCGUCGCUCUUGUAUGGAUCGAGCUUCUUCUUCAAUGGCCCCUCUCGCUUGUCAACAUCUAUGGAAUCUUGGCGGGCAAGUCCUGGGUUAAGAGCACUUGCUUGAUUUAUGGAGUCUCUACCUUCACGUCUAUGGUUACUAUAUUGGGAGAGCUGAAGGGUUCUGGCAAGGCAUCCGAUACAUUGAUGAAUAUGUACUUGCCCUUUCUAGGUUUCAGCAUUCUAGCCAUUCUGCGCGGGCUUGUGCCGCAGUCUGCUAAGAGUGCCACAAUCAUUGGCAAGAGACCUGCAAUAGCCAGGAAGAAGAGGGCUUGAGAGAAAAUCAGCAACUCCGUCACUCUUACCUUGUCUGCAUUCUCCUUGAAGGUACUUCUUCAAUGAAGAAAUGGCAGCCUCCUGUUCAGUUCUAAUUUCAGACUCUGUGGUUGUUCUUUACUAAAACUAGUUUACUCGUGGAACAUGACAUGGGAUUUGUCUUUUCUAUUUCCAACCUUUUUACUGAGUAGCAUUUUCUCCAUGGGUGGUAUUUUAGUAUAUUUAUGGUUGUUACUUAGACAGAUGUGACAAGGAUGGGGAUUUUUGGGUUUUGCUGUAUUUUUGUGUUUGUUAUCUACAAUAAUUCAGGAAGAGAUGAGAUUUUGAAUUUUACCACGUCAGAAUUCAUAUCUA